CUGAACAAAUUACAUUUAAUAAUUAUUAUUAUUAUCAUGAUAAUGAGUCAAUACCCAUUGACGUGAAGUAUUCAACAAUUUUGGAAAACCACGAUAAAUAUGAUAAAACAAAUGCUGGAAUAAAAUAUUUUGAAAGUGGACCAACUUUGGCUUAUGUAACACCUUGGAAUAAUCAUGGUGGUCACGAUGUAGAUCAAGGAUGGAUUAAAAAUGUUCGUGUUAAAAGAGAAGAUGAUGAAAAAAUUAUGGGUAAAAUUGUACCUAGAUUUGAAUUUCAUAAUUGGAAUCAAUUAGAUUAUGAAAAUUUUAUUCGAAAUCCUGAAGAAGCUGAGGCUUUGGUUAAUGUUUUAAUUAAGGAAUGCAGAGAUUUUGUGAGAAAACUAGGAAUGGAAUUACAUAAAGAAUCUCGAGAAUUAAUAUUAGUAAUAAAUCCUAGAAUACAUUUUACAGCAGCUCAAUUUGAAGAUUUUAGUCAAUUUGUAGAUUUAUUUUCAGUAAUGACUUAUGAUCAUUCAUCCGCUCAAAAUCCAGGUCCAAAUGCACCAAUAAAUUGGGUAGAAAACAAUAUAAUUUCAAUAACUCCUACAUCAAUUAAUAGAAAUAAAGUAUUAUUAGGUUUAAACAUGUAUGGAAUUGAUUUUUAUCAAGGAGGUAAGAUGGAUUAUGUAAUAAGAAAUAAUUAUAUUGAUAAAUUAAGGUAUUAUAAACCAAAAAUCGAAUGGAAUUAUUAUGCUGGAGAACAUUCGUUACAGUAUGAAGAAAAUGGAGUUUCACAUGAAGUUUGGUUUCCUACUUUAAAGUCAAUAAAAACAAGAAUUGAAAUUGCAGAAGAUUAUGGAACAGGUUUAUCUUUAUGGGAAAUUGGUCAAGGGUUAGAUUAUUUUAAAUGA